AAACCUAGGCUAGAAGUAGAAUAUAACCAAUUAGGAUACUUAUUUGAUUGUAAAGAUUGGGAAGAAAAAAAUCAUGAUAGUGAAACAAAGACUUAUAUGCUUAUGGAGAAUGAGGAUUUAGAAAUAACUUCUUUAAGAUAUGAGUAUUAUUAA